AUGUCUCGUCUUCUCGCUCGUCACACCACAAAAUGGGCGGAGCCUCUCGAAAAGUGGGCAGCGUCUGUGGCGACGAUCGGAGACGUCGGAAGACAUCCGACGAACAGAUCACUCUCAUCCAUCUCUUCUACAAUCGGAAACAACAUGCCACGUGUGCUCAUCACCGGCGGAACGGACGGAAUCGGAAAAGAGGCGGCCGUCCGUCUGGCCGCCGCCAACAACGACGUCGUCUUUUCGGGACGCGAUGCUCGGAAGGCACAAGAUGUCAUUGAGCACUGCCAGAAACACUAUGUGAGUUACGGUUGGCGUACGGUUGAUACUUUUAAGCUUAAAACGAGCAGGUUUCAUUCAGAAAUGAAUCAAUUGAAUCGAUUUUCAAGUUUUGUGCUGAAAAUGCGCGAAUUUCAGUCAUUUGCCGAUACUUUUUGCCGUUUGAACGCUUAAAAUACUUGUAUUAAAGUGCUUAAUCACUUCCGACACUCACUUCGUCUCAAAACUAUCCACAUCGGCCGGUAUGAAAAUUCCGAAAUUGCGGCGGCGAUUGGCCGCGGAGAGCCUAUUGCGAAAUAUGCCAAAAACGUCUCAAACGCGGCGUUUUCACGAAAAUUUCAAUGUUUUCUCUCUUUAAUGUGCUCUUCUUUCGUCGAUAUCAAACACAAAAAUAGCGGAAAAGUGACUAUUGAUUGACAACUGAGAUACCAUCGAUUUUUGCACUAGCUGAAACAGUAAAUUUGCAGAAUAACACGCCACGCUUCAUCAAGACGGAUCUGUCGCUCGAGUCCGAAAUCCACAAGUUUGCCGCGCAAAUCGCCGAGGAGCAAUUGUGAGUUACCAGUUCAAAAUGCCGUCGUUUUCUGCAAAGUGCACCGAAGGCUGUGCCGGCUAGAAAAGCACAUCUCUAUGAUGUUUGCAGUGACGCUUGUAUCCUGAACGCCGGCGUGAUAAUGCCGAAGCCGGCGCGGACUGCCGAGGACCGCGAGGCGACAAUGAUGACGAACCUGAUCUCGUCGUACGUGAUCGCUCACAAGAUGCUCGAGAGCCGACGCGACGAGCAACGCCCCAUCCAUUUCGUGUUCAGCACUUCCAUUCUUAUCAAGUUGGUGUCCUAGAACGUUUGUUUCGAGUUACUGUUGAAAAAAAAAAGUUUCGACAUUGGAAUCGAAGCUGGCAGCGUGCCAAGGCCCGGCCUCCCAAACGCAUAUGCUGCGCGCCAUUGUUGCAACAUUGCCGCACGCUUUAUUGUUCUUCGUUUUUGUCUUUAUUUUUCGGUUAAAAAUCAGCAGAAACUUCGGUUUUUCCCAUUUUUUACCCGUAUUUAUUCAUUUCAAUCGUCUUUUGCUAUAAAAAAUCAACUUUGAAAACAGAUUUAUCGAUUUUUAGCUUGAAUUUUCGAACAUUUCUCGAUUUCUGUUUUUCUCCUUUCGAUUUCGCUGAAUUUUGAGAAUUUUCAGGAUUUCCACCUACGGAAAAGUCGAAAAAGCAACAAACAACAACGGAAUACAAAAUGCUGUCGUGUUAGCUUGAAGAACGAAAAUUAUUUCUCUCCGACCGUAUUUUCAGAGUCCGUGGACGCUUCAAUCCGGAAAAAAGGAGAAGAAAAUAGAAUAUCACUGAUAAUAAAAUUCUUACACUUGUCUUGUCAUUUAAUUUAUUGGAAAACGUAAUAAAUACAUCUAAAAUAAUUGUGAUUAGUGCCAAUUCAUCCAGCCCGCUGCAGCGGGAGAUGCUUCUUCAACCUUCACUUGUGUGCUGACGGCGGAGUGGAGAAGACGGCGGAGGAGUGGAGUCUGUAAACGCUGAUCGGAGAGAAAAUUAUUGUUACGUCAAAAACUAACACGAAAAGAAGAAAUCCAUGCCCUUUUGUUGCUUUUUCGACUUUUCCGUAGGUGGAAAUCCUGAAAAUUCUCAAAAUUCAGCGAAAUCGAAAGGAGAAAAACAGAAAUCGAGAAAUGUUCGAAAAUUCAAGCUAAAAAUCGAUAAAUCUGUUUUCAAAGUUGAUUUUUUAUAGCAAAAGACGAUUGAAAUGAAUAAAUACGGGUAAAAAAUGGGAAAAACCGAAGUUUCUGCUGAUUUUUAACCGAAAAAUAAAGACAAAAACGAAGAGCAAUAAAGCGUGCGGCAAUGUUGCAACAAUGGCGCGCAGCAUAUGCGUUUGGGAGGCCGGGCCUUGGCACGCUGCCAGCUUCGAUUCCAAUGUCGAAACUUUUUUUUUUCAACAGUACCAUCCUUUGCAUUUCCAGAUUCCACAGUGCUACCCCGUUCGGCCGUCGCUACUUCAACCCGGAGAAGAUCUCCGACUGGGAACAGUGUCUGGUGCCUUCGGAAGUGUCGGGCGUCGGAAAGUACGCGGUCUCGAAGAUCGGACUCGCCACGCUCUCCACCCAAAUCUCGCGUCUGGCGCUUCCGAAUGUGACGGCGACUUCCGUGCAUCCGGGGACCGUCUACACGAACAUUAUGUCGAACCUGCCGGCUCGCCAGCAACUCUACAUCCGUCUCGCCCGCCCGUUCAUCACUUCGCUCGAAGACGCCGGCGCCAAUCUGGUCCGUGCCGCCCGCCAACCCUUGCCCGCUGGAAUGUUCUACGAGACGGACACGGCGAGGAAGCUGCCCGAGAUUGUGUGCUCCGAGAAGACUUGUCAGGCGUUCGAGCACGUCUUCCGACAGUUUCGCAUCUGA